AUGUCGGAAAAACCUCAACAAGCCAAGUUUACUCAAGCAGAGACCGAUUUAUUGUGGGCCGUUAUCAAAUACGUUCCGAAAGACCAAAUCAACUCGUGUGUUAAUAGAAGCGUCCAAGCCGUUGCUAGACAUCUAGGAAUAAAGAAGACGGCUACUAAGAAGCGCUGGUCCCGCCUUGCAAUUCGGGUUCGCAAGGAAAUUGAGGCCGCUGAUAAGGGAGCUGUUGUCGCAGGCAUUGCAGUCGCAGGCAUUGCAGAGACCGAAGCUGAAACUAGUGGUGAGGAUCAGGAGGUUGUUAUCAAGAAUGAUGGUGAAAAGCAUGUCCGUGGCAAGGAUGUCGGUGGAAAGGAUGCUAAGGCACUCGGUGAUAAGGUCAUUAAGAACAAGGUCUCUCAGGAUAAGGUCAUUAAGAAGAAGGCUACAAUCGCAAAGGGCAAGCGUGGCAAGAAGGGUAUCAAGGAUGAGGUCACUGCUAAAGCCAAUAUCAAGAAAGAAGAAUCCGAUGAGGAUUUUGACGAUGCUGAGGCAGCUUUCUGA